CGGAAGUGUCGCGUGACUGACCAGCCGGCCUCGCGAGCAGUCUUGGGCCGCCUGCCAGGACGCAGGGCGGAUGCUGCUGGGAGUUUGGAGCUCGACAGAGAGGGAGCGGGUCCGCCUGGGAGCCGGAGAGAUCAUCACGGCGCUUCUCUGCCGACCUCUCUCUCUGUUGUCUUCGCAGUUUAGCGCUGUCACUUCUGGGAGAUGUCCACUCGGCUCCCAUGCCUGUGUGGAUUGAAGUCAGCCUGGAAUAUGAGCAGAAGAAGAAAAUAAGCAGAGGAGGCUGGUUUCCUGUGGGAAUCUACACAGCCUUUUUUUUUUUGUCUCUCUCUCUUUUUUUUUUUUUAAACCCGAGGACAUGUCUAGUCUGUGGAGGAGAGCUGUGAGGGGCUAGCUGGUCGACACCCCCGGCUAGCACAACAUUUUCAGCCUUUUCCCGAUGAUUGUCCAGCUGAGGAAUUAAUCUGCUUCGGAUCUUCUGGGCGAGGAGUCAGCAUGGGGGAGCCCAGCCUGGACGACUCCAAUGUCAAGGUGGCUGUGCGAGUACGGCCCAUGAACCGGAGAGAAAAGGAGCUAAACACAAAAUGUGUGGUGGAAAUGGCGAAGAACCAGACCAUCCUCAAUCCUGCCGGAGCCAACUUGGGGAAGGCCGACUCUCGGAAUCAGUCCAAGGUUUUUGCCUACGAUUACUGCUUCUGGUCCAUGGAUGAGACGGAUAAGGAAAAAUAUGCUGGUCAGGAGGUGGUCUUCCAGUGCCUUGGGGAAAGUCUUCUCCACAACGCCUUCCAGGGCUACAAUGCCUGCAUAUUUGCCUACGGACAAACCGGUUCAGGGAAGUCGUACACCAUGAUGGGCUCGGGGGACCAGCCUGGGCUGAUCCCUCGACUCUGCAGCGCUUUGUUUGAACGAACCAAGGAGGAGCAGCGGGAGCAGGAGAGCUUCACUGUGGAGGUGUCCUACAUGGAGAUCUACAACGAGAAGGUCCGAGAUCUGCUUGACCCAAAGGGGGGCAGACAACCUCUGCGGGUGAGGGAGCAUAAAGUUUUGGGUCCCUACGUCGACGGCCUGUCACGACUCGCUGUAGCCAGCUACAAGGACAUCGAGUCUCUGAUGUCGGAGGGGAAUAAAUCCCGCACCGUAGCGGCCACAAACAUGAACGAGGAGAGCAGUCGGUCGCACGCCGUCUUUAACAUCAUCCUCACGCACACGCUCAAAGACCUGCGGUCUGGGACGAGCGGGGAGAAGGUGAGUCGCCUGAGUCUGGUCGAUCUGGCUGGAAGCGAGCGUGCAGCAAAAACCGGAGCAGCAGGAGAGCGGCUGAAGGAGGGAAGCAACAUCAACAAGUCCCUUACCACGCUUGGUCUGGUCAUUUCUGCACUAGCAGAACAGGGAACGGCCAAGAACAAGACCAAGUUUGUCCCAUACAGAGACUCUGUUCUGACCUGGCUGCUGAAGGACUGCCUGGGGGGCAACAGCCGCACAGCCAUGGUUGCGACGGUGAGCCCAGCCGCAGACAACUACGAGGAAACCCUGUCGACGCUGCGCUACGCUGACCGGGCGAAGAACAUCGUCAACCACGCUGUCGUCAACGAAGACCCGAACGCGCGCAUCAUCAGAGAGCUGCGGGAAGAAGUAGAGAAACUCCGAGUGCAGCUAACUCAGGCAGAGUCAAUGAAAGCUCCAGAGCUGAAGGAGCGCCUGGAGGAAUCUGAGAAGCUGAUCCAAGAGAUGACCUACACCUGGGAGGAGAAACUAAGAAAAACUGAAGAGAUCGCACAAGAGCGUCAGAAGCAGUUGGAGAGUCUGGGGAUUUCCCUUCAGUCUUCAGGGAUCAAAGUUGGAGAUGAUAAAAGUUUUCUUGUCAACCUGAAUGCGGACCCCGCCCUAAAUGAGCUGCUAGUGUACUACCUGAAGGAACACACACGCGUGGGCUCAGCAGACUCCCAGGACAUCCAGCUGUGUGGGAUGGGUAUCCAGGCUGCCCACUGUGUCAUUGACAUCACACCAGAGACCGCUGUCAUCCUCACCCCCCAUCCUAACGCCCGGACUUGUGUUAAUGGGUCUCCAGUAACCAGUGCUUUGCAGCUUCACCAUGGUGACCGAAUCUUCUGGGGAAACAACCACUUCUUCAGAAUCAAUCUGGCAAAGCGGCGCUCACGGCCGACAGAGGAAGAGGAGGGCGAGGGCAGCGCGUUGAAGAGCAGCGGCAGCAGCGAGCAGCUGGACGCCGACGGGGACACGGCCAGCGAAGUCUCCAGCGAGGUCAGCUUCUCCUACGAGUUCGCCCAGACGGAGGUCAUGAUGAAGGCCCUGGGCAGCAACGACCCCAUGCAGGCGGUCCUGCAGUCACUGGAGAGGCAGCACGAAGAGGAGAAGCGAUCCGCGCUGGAGCGACAGAGGCAGAUGUACGAGCAGGAGCUCCAGCAGCUGCGCAAGAAGCUCAACCCGGACCGUCUGUCCUCGGGCCAGUCUGGGGGACAGAUGUCUGGCCAGCAGGGACAGGGACAGCAGUCUCACUACCGCAGCCUGGAGAGGCUCAGCAUGGGAGGGAUGAGCCAUUCUACCAGCGCUCAGAGCCGACUCAGGCAGUGGAGCGAGGACAGGGAGGCAGUUUUAGUGAGGAGCCUCCGCAGGCUGAGGGAGCAGAUAGUGAGAGCAAACCUGCUGGUGCAGGAGGCGUGUUUCAUCUCAGACGAGCUGGAGCGUCACACCGAGUACAGAGUCACCCUGCAGAUCCCGUCGGACAACCUCAACGCAAACCGCAAGAGGGAUGCAGUCCUCAGCGAACCGGCUAUUCAGGUUCGAAGGCGCUGUCGAGGCAAGCAGAUCUGGAGCUUGGAGAAGAUGGAGAACCGUCUGGUGGACAUGAGAGAGCUCUACCAGGAGUGGCAGGACUAUCACCUCCACCACCAAGACGAUCCAGUAAUGCGUUCAUACUUCCGACGAGCUGACCCGUUCUUCGACGAGCAGGAGAACCACAGUCUGAUCGGCGUGGCCAACGUUUUCCUUUCAUGUCUGUUCUACGACGUGAAGCUGCAGUACGCCGUUCCCAUCAUCAACCAAAAAGGAGAGGUCGCUGGACGCCUACAUGUGGAGGUGAUGAGAGUGGGAGGAGGCUUGGAGGACAACAUGGCGGGAGGCGAUGAAUCGGACAACAACCAGGACUCUGAAUUUGAGGACCGCAAACUGGUCUGCUCGAUAAAGAUUUUGCAAGCCACUGGUCUUCCCCAGCACCUGUCCAACUUCGUCUUCUGUCAGUACUCGUUCUGGGACCAGUCUGAGCCCACCAUCGUGGCUCCUGAAGUCGACCCUUCCUCCUCAUCACCGAACUCCAAGGACCCACACUGUAUGGUUGUGUUUGACAGCUGCAAGGAGCAAGCGGUGUCGGUAACAGAGGAUUUCAUCGAGUAUCUUACUGAAGGAGCGGUUGCCAUCGAGGUUUAUGGACACAAACAGUCUGAUGGAGGGAGAAACCCAGCGCUGUGGGACCUCAGCAUCAUCCAGGCCAAAACACGCACACUACGCGACAGAUGGAGUGAAGUCACGCGUCGCCUGGAACUAUGGAUUCAAAUCCUGGAAAUAAAUGAAAAUGGAGACUUUGUUCCAGUGGAAGUCGUUCCGGCUAGAGAUGUGAGCACAGGGGGAAUCUUCCAGCUUCGGCAGGGGCAGUCGAGGCGAAUCCAGGUGGAUGUGCGAUCGGUUCAGGACUCGGGCACGAUGCCUCUGAUAGCCGAGAUUGUUCUCGCCGUGUCGGUGGGCUGCGUGGAGAUCAGAAACAACACAGCGAACCCAGAAGGGGACGAGAUGGACAGCUAUCAGGAGAGAGAUCUGGAGCGUCUGCGGCGGCAGUGGUUGGCCGCUCUCACCAAGAGACAGGAGUACCUGGACCAGCACCUGCAGAGCCUGGUUAGCAAAGCAGAAAAGACGGAGGACGACAUGGAGAGGGAGGCCCAGCUGCUGGAGUGGAGGUUGACUCUCACUGAGGAGAGAAAUGCCGUCAUGGUGCCCUCUGCUGGCAGCGGCAUUCCCGGGGCUCCUGCAGAAUGGGCUCCUCUGCCAGGGAUGGAGACGCACAUUCCCGUCCUGUUCCUGGACCUCAAACCCGAUGACCUCAGCUCUCAGGAGCAGUUUGAAGUGCCUGAGGCUGGAGGCUGGGACGCAACGUUGAGCGGAGAAGACGAGGAUGACUUCUUCGACCUGCAGAUUGUUAAGCACUACGACGGAGAGGUAAAAGCAGAAGCAUCGUGGGACUCUACGGUCCACGAGUGUCCCCAGCUCAGUCGCGGCGGGUCGUGGCCGGAGCAGCGCGUCUACCUGACCGUCCGAGCGGUGGUCCAGCUCAGCCACCCCGCCGACAUGCAGCUGGUGCUGAGGAAGAGGAUCUGCGUCAACGUUAACUCGGGCCGCCAGGGCUUCGCCCACAACUUUCUCAGGAGGAUGUCUACUCGCAGCACAAUACCUGGCUGUGGCGUUACCUUCGAGGUGGUGUCCAACAUCCCUGGGGACGCUCCAGGUUCCGAGGACAGGGAGAUGCUGGCCCGGCUGGCGGCGAGUGCACACAACAGCCAAUCAGGAGACGACGAGGCUGCCAUCGAGAAAUACCUCCGCAGCGUGAUGAGUCUGGAGAACAUCCUGACGCUGGAUAGACUCAGACAGGAAGUGGCGGUGAAGGAGCAGCUGGCUGGCAAAGGCAGGAGUAACAGGAGGAGUCUGAGCUCUCCGUCUGUUCACAGGCUGACUGGAAGUAGGCAGGACCUGUCCACGUCUUGCCUGUUGGAUGAUAAGGGUCGAUGGGAGAGUCAGCAGGAUAUCUUCAUGCCAGCUCACCGCACCCUCCCUCGCCCCGCCUCGUCCCCCUCCACUUACUCCACCUCCCCCUCUUCAUCCUCUAUGCCCUUGGGUAUGACCCCCCCACAGAACCAGGAACCAGAGCAAGGUCGUUUAGGACUUGCUGCCUCUUAUCUUUCAGUUAAGGCCCUGGUUCCUCAGAUGCCCAAACUGCUCAAGUCUCUCUUUCCUGCACGGGACGACAAGAAAGAGCUCAGACCUUCGCCGCACGCCCAGCAGCAGCAUGUGCCUCGGAUCGUGACAUCAUCAGGAGGGGACGACAGCAGAGUCAAGGCCGAGACGGCUGUUGUCCCACGGCCCGCUGCCAAAGACAGAAGGACAGAGUUUCCAGACGUCCCUCCUCUUCCUGUGCAUGACCUGCAUGACACCACCCCCCUCAGCCCCCUCAGCCAGUCGUCAAGCGGCUAUUUCUCCGCUAGCGUUUCCACGGUCACCCUGUCCGACGUCCUCCAACCCUCGUCGUCGUCCUCAUCCCUCCUGGCCGCCGACACGGCGUCCCCCUCGACCCCGCAGCAGCAGGCCGCUGACAGGAACGAUGUUGUGACCUCUCCUCCCCAGACGGCCGUGGUAGCUUCCAAUCACAACAGCGUCCAAUCAGAGCUCUCCUUCAGCCAGAAGCUGCUCGGCUCAGCAGCGGCCGACGGCUUCCAGCGGCUGGAGAUCUUUGUGGAGGGCGACGACAGCAGGCAGGACGACGUGCCGCCCGACUGGCUGACAGAAGGGGCGUACGUGACUGUGGGCGGCAACAAGGCCGGGACCGUGCGCUAUGUGGGGGCGGCGCAGUUCGCCGACGGGGUGUGGGUGGGCGUGGAGCUGGACACCCCAGUAGGUAAAAACGACGGCUCCGUGGGCGGCCACCGAUAUUUCCUCUGCAAGCCGGGCUACGGGGUGCUGGUCCGCCCGGAUCGGCUGUCCCGCCGCGACCGAGCUGCCCGACGAACGGCGGACGUCCCUCAGUCGGCACACGUCCCCGUCCUGCGCGGGGAAGCCAUUGUAGCGCGCAGGGGGGAAAACCGCAAGUCCUGGAGCAACUGAGCUGGGAGAGUCCACCUGCCGCCUCGGCUCUUCCUCCACUGCUAACGACGCGCCAGGCGUGACCUACUGCCUGGAGACAUGUAGCUGGGAACUACACAUACUGUUUCACGUCAAAGAGGAUGUACGGGGAAGAAACGGAUAAUGCCAGAGGAGAAUGAAUUAGCACCUGGGGAAUGAUGCUUUCUGUAGGAAGGAUCCUCUGUGAGGCGAUACGCAGGGAUGCAAACCCGCCCAGCUGAGAACCUCCUGGUCUUUCUGACGCGUGAAAGUGACGAACAGUUUGGAAAACACUAAAAGAAACCCGAGCCGUAACCUGGCCUUGCUAUACUGACGGAGAAGUAAAUUAUAGGAUUAUUUUUGUUUAUAAGGAAAUAGAAAUGGACACAAAACACAACAUUUGCAUCCCUGCAUAUCCCCCCCGUCCCCAAAUGUCCCAGAAUGCACCACGACGACUGCCGCCCUCCUGGACUGUGCAGGUCCAGCUGGCAGCCUUUUGAAUCUGCCGGCUCCCUUGUGGACUCGUGCCUUGGCCAUGGUCUGCUUGGUGUUCGUUUCUCCGUCUCGGAGCUUUGUCUUCUGUUUGCUGUGCUUGUGUUGCAGAGAAAACCGCGUGCAAAGUUCGAGGUGAUCUCAGGGACUACAGAGGGUGGGUCGUUUCUGUCUGUGUGUGUGUGUGUGUGUGUGUGUAAAAUGUAUAGUUUAGGUUUCAUGUUGGGUCAAGAUGAAGACUCGCGUUGCAGCAAGAGGAAAAGCCACUAUGGGUUGAUUUUUGCACUGGAGACGUUGGAGGAAAAGUUUGUGUAGGUGAGCAGAAGGAGGCGCGAUGGUUUGUGACGAUGGCGUCGCCUCCGUCCGCCUGCUGUCGUCUCAGUCUGCGUGAGAAGGAGGAAGGAGGACGGGUUGGGAGAGGGUCUGCUGGACACAUCCAGCCGGACCAGAGAGCGGAUCUGAUUCUAUGCAUGUGAUUUUUAAAGGGGAGGCUUGUUUUUAAUCGUGAGUUUUUAUUAAUCCGACUCGACCGGCAGAAUGAGUGCAUUCUGGGAGAGCGUCGGCGGAUUUUCACAUUCCAGACCCGGCCGGGGAGGAAACCGGCGACACGGCGCCGGAAACUUUGGGAGGUUCUUAAUGAGUUUUUAUAAAGUCACCAAACAUUCCAGGGAGAUUCUGAACACUGAGCUAGAGAUGUUUUCAGGACUGUGUGUUAGACCUUUUUAAGAUCUGGACCGGGUGGCAUCCAUUGGCCGAACGGUCGGUUAAAGGGCAACGCCACCUUUUUAACCUAGUUUCUCCACCCACUGAGGUCAGCAGUGGAGCCAUGAGUGAGUUUGAUAUCAAGGUGCAAAAGGACUAUUUUAUCUGUGCAGCGCUACGUAACAGAUGAGUGACGUGGAUCGUGACGUUUAGAGGCGCUCUUCAUAGACAUGGAUGUCGGAUUGAUUCUGGUCUUUUUGCCCUUAAACCACAAAUUAUCUGUAGUCAGAGACGGGGGAGCUAAUCUCAUGUCAAGGCACUUUGGGACGUGCCCUGAGAUGACGGCUGUUGUGAUUUGGCGCUAUAUCAAUAAAAUGGAACUAAUUGAAGUCAAUUGAAGCAGUUUCAAGUAAGUUAAUCCAAGUUGACGAACUUGGAGGCAGGCUUCCAUAUUUUUUCCACCCACUGUGUGCGGUGCCAUCACUACUGCUUGCAGCAAAACAAGCAUGAAGCUACCACCACCGCGCUUGAUGGUUGGUGCAGUGUUCAAAGCUGCACCUUCAUCCUAAAUCCACAUCAGGACUGUUUUUAGGAAAAGAGAAGGCCAGAUGAUGAUGAUGAUGAUGAUGAUCUGGGUCCCUGUUAGCUUGAAUAUGUUGUACCAUUGGUAGUCGAUACACAAGGCGUUUGCUUCCUCGCUGCAUCUUGGCAGAAAAAUGGACAAACUCCACCUUGAGCUCCCAGUCCUUUUUUUUAAUAAUUUUUAUAAAAAGUCAUGCUUCUAGUUAUUUAUCACAUAAUUCAGUCGUGGAAGAUGAUAGAUGGUUAAAUUAAAUGCAUCGUUAAAAGCCCCCCCCCACGAUUAAAACGGCCAUCAUGCUAAUGGGUGAUGUACCUAAAUGUGUGGCUAUCCCUGCAUACGGAGGACGAUAAAACUCUGUAACAUUGACGGUGUAAAGACGCGCGGUGGUGGUGAAGUUAUGGGUAAUGUUGAACCCUCUCCUCGUGUCGGAGGAAAGCCCCGGGGUUUCAUCUCUUUAAUAAUGCGCGCUCUUCCUCUGAGAGCUGAGCGUUGAGUAUUUAUGUCGGGCUGCUUGUACACAUGCUUUUAUCGCACGGGAGCUGAUGAAGCCUUUCUGUCUGAGUGUUGCACAAAGGAUUUAAUGAGAAUUGCUGCUAUGAGCGUUGUAAAUAUACUUGUAAAUGAAUUGAUGUUUUUUUUUGUUUUUUUUCUCCUCUCCAUCAAUUGCUGCGCGCUCGAAUGGUGGACAAUAUUGUUUGAGGCACUUUGUCUUGAGAGCAGGGAGGAGGAGGAGGUGGUAGAAGGCCACGUUUUAAUGUUGAGAAUUGCAAUACCUUUGAAUGAAAUGUAUGAUGUGACAACAGCAUCUCACCAGGGUUUAGAUGGCGCGUGGAUUUUAGGCGUGGGC